AUGAACAUAAAAAUGCCGGAGUUUGAUGUAAAAAAGUUUGUUAAAGGAGCAGGAUCUACUCUCUCACGGGUAGUACAGCUCACUGAAGAGAAACUUGGAACAUCGGAAAAAACAGAAAUGGAUGCUCGGUUCGAACACUUGAAUGAACGAUCCGAUUCGGCAAAAUUAUGGACAGAAAAAAUUGUUCGUGACGCGGAAGCUGCACUCAUACCUAAUCCUGCUAACCGUGUAGAGGAUUUCAUUUUUGAAAAAAUUGAAAAGCAAAAACCCAAACGAUUGAGUAACAUAGAGUACCUAGGAUUGGAUAUGAUUGAAGGUGGUAGUGAGUUUGGGCAAGAUGGUCCCUACGGAAGCGCUCUAAUCAAAGUUGGUCAAGCGGAACAGAAGCUUGGAUCUUGCGAGCGAGAUUUCAUUGGUUCGGCUGGAAUGUGCUUUAUUCAGCCAUUAAAAAAGUUCCUCGAAGGUGAAAUGAAAACUAUUACUAAAGAGAAGGGUAUACUGGAAAGUAAACGGUUGGAUUUAGAUGCAUGUAAAAACAGAGUUCGUAAAGCGCGCAGCAUGAUUGGCCAACAAACGAAGGAUGGAAUAUCGCCAGAAAUGGCUUUAGAACAGGCUGAACGAGACCUACGGGUUGCACAGUCCGAGUUUGAUCGACAGGCUGAAAUAACGAAACUACUGCUUGAAGGUAUCAGUACUACUCAAGCCACCCAUUUACGCCAUCUACACUCAUUCGUCGAAGCUCAAGUUCGGUACUAUGGGCAGUGCAAUAAAAUAAUGUCCGAUUUGCAACGAGAAUUAGUCAGUUUGGGAGGCCCACUACCAUACGUACCUGUUGCUGGAUAUGAUGAGGAGGAUGCACUUACAAGCCGCAUUAAUAAUAUUGAGUUGGGUUCUGCCUCUGGAUAUCGGCGAGCACGCGUUCUUUGCUCGUACGACGCUAAAGACGGCACUGAGCUAAAUCUUACAUCGAAUGAGGUUAUAUUUGUUUGCGAGUGUAUUCCUCCAAACGGCGAUUAUAUGGAUGGUAAGCAGGGCCUACUGAAAGGACUAGUCCCAAAAGCUUUCCUCGAGAUGUUGGAUGAUGAAUAAUACUGUUCAUUUGAAGUAAAAAAUUUAACGACACAUAAUUUCUUUGUAAUUGAAAUCGGAUGCUGAGAGUUAACACUAUUGUUAUAACAGCGAGUAGUUCAACGAGUUAUUAAAGAAAUAUUACGCUAUAAGCACGGUAAACAAUUGAGUUUCUUCAAAUUUCAAAAAGGAUUCAUGUAACAUAAAGAUUGAAGAAACUGAUUAAUUGUGUGUAACAUAUAUUGCCAUAACUCAUAGCAUUUGCUUGAUG